AUUGUUUUUUAUUUUGUUUUAGGAAUUCUGUCGGUAUGGUAAAAUGAUAGCUUUAAGGCUGGUUAAAGAUAUAAUAACUGGUUUAAGUAAACGAUAUGCUUUUAUAGAAUAUGAAACAUUUAAAAUGGCAUUGAAUGCUUAUGUACUUUGUAAAAAACUAGUAUUAAAGAAUUCUGAGGUAUUUGUGGAUUUCGAAUGUGGACGAUUACUACCUGGAUGGAAACCUCGAAGACUAGGUGGAGGUUUUGGAGGUGAAAAACAAUCAGGUCAACUUAGAUUUGGUGGUAGAAUAAGAAGUUUUAGACCACCUUUAAAUCUGGUUGAAUUUAAAAAGAAUAGAUCAAAUAAUGAAGAAAACAAAGAAAUUAGAAAGUCAAUUACAACUCCUCGUUCUACUAACGACAGGCAUUCAAAUUCUGUUGGUGUUUCAACUACAUCGGCACCUUCAAUUAUAUCAUUACCAUUAACACCACCAUCGCAACCCGCUAUGGUUUUACCAUUAACACCUCCUUCAUAUUCAAAUGCACUGAUGCCAUUAACACCACCUUCACAAUCUAUAAUUGUUUUACCAUUAACACCUCCUUUAAAUUCAACUGUCACAUUACCAUUAACACCACCAUCACAUUCUAUUACAUCUUUACCUUUAACACCACCCUUAAAUUCGAUUCCGCCUACUUGAAAUGUUAUUAAAUUUAAAUAAAUUUACUGAAAAUUUAAAUGACUCAUUAGCUAUAAUU